AUGCCUGAGACGUCGUCGCCCCCUACCACCCAAUCGGAUGAGACAAUACCGUCACCAAGUAUCGUAGGUAAUACUUUUAUGCGUCAGUAUUACCACUUUCUAGCCAAGGAACCGCAGAGUUUGCAUCGGUUUUAUAAGGCUGAGAGUCGAUGGUGUCAUGGCUUUGGUUCGCAUAUGGAAGAACCUAUUGCUGGUCAACGAGCCAUUAAUGAUCAGAUCUUAAAGCGCGGAUAUGCAGGUGCUCGCGUGGAUUUGGAUGCUGGCUCGAUUGAUUGUCAGAAUUCACUUGGUGACGGUGUGCUUGUACUGGUUACGGGUGUUAUGACGCUACGUAGUAGUCCUGAACCAAAGCCAUUUGUGCAGACGUUUUUCUUGGCUGUGCAGCCGAAAGGAUAUUUUGUAUUGAAUGAUUGUUUACGCUUUUUAGAGCUGUCAGAAGUAUCCAAUGAAGAUAUGGACAAGGAGAAGAAGAGCUUUGUAUCGGAAAAGAACGCAAAGGAUGAGAGACAGACACCUUCUUUAUCUCCAAUAAAGAAGAUGCACAUGGAGGAACAGGAGGAAGUAGAUGGUUCUGUGUCAUCUGAAAAAGCGGCGUCGCCUGUCAAGACCAAGACCACGACAACUACGUCUACGAUUAACAUGAAAGUAAGGAAAGAGGACACGCCUUUGUCCCCCAUGAAGACUACUACUGCGGUUGCAUCGUCUCCUAUGAAGAAAACGAUGGCGACAACAAUGACAACGACGGAAGAAGAGGAGGCUCCUGCAGUCAUCGCAAAGACGCCGUCGCCCGCCAAAAAGCUGGACGAGACGCCAUCUGCUGCUGCAUCUGCUUCUUUUGUUGCACCGGCUGACCCCGUGGUGGCACCCCCUGCGGAACCUGUGAAGCCCAAGACAUGGGCUGCACUGUUCUCGGUCUCGAAACCUGCUACGAUCGUUACACCCGACGCUGCUACUGCGUCUCCAGCUACGACCCCUAGCACUGCUGCCACUCUGGCUUCAAGUCCUGCCCCUGCUGUGAUUUCUCCUACGUCUGGUGCUCCGGCGCCGGAGAAGUCACCGAAGAACAACAAGUUGAGUAAUGGCAACGAGAAAGAGAAAGAGCAUAAGCGAUUUUAUAGUUUGUUUAUUCGCGACCUGCCGCCUCAGACUCGUGAGAACGACCUGCAUGAGCUAUUUAAGGGAUACGGCUCGAUCGCUAGUGUAAACCUGGUUCUUCAGCGUAACUUUGCUUUCGUGGACUACUAUGAGCAGGAGAGCAUGCGUGCUGCUCUUGCUGAGACGAAGGAAUUUAAGGUGUUGAACAAGGUGCUGCAAGUGACGGAGCGUGGCGACCGCAAGGAAGGGCAACGCAGUGGCUUCCGAAACAACGACCCGCGCGGUCGUGGUCGUGGUUACGGUCCCAAGAGUGGUCGCGGUGAUCGCGGUGAUCGCAAGGAGCGUAAUGGGAACGACGCUCCUCCGUCCAACAAGGGCGAAAGACGUGAUGGCUUUCGACGCGAGAAAACUAGCAACCGCCGUGGUGGAAAGGUGGACGGCACGUCGCGAGCGGAGUAA